UUCUCUUGAUGUUAUUGGCUGGGAGUAAUUUUAUGAUCCCAUUCGUAUGUGGUCUCUCUCGGUCGCUCACUCUCACUCCUCGUGUAUCUCUGCACUUCCCACUUCUCCAGCUCCUACGGUUUCCAUCCAAUACCCACGGGUUCUUUUGGUUCUGAGAUUUAGCAUUUAUACAAGGUUUCUAAGGAUGGAGAAAGGUGGCAGGAGUAGGAUAAACUGUAUCUUUGAGAACUUGGUUACUUUCCUGCGCAGAUGUAUCUUUUAUGUUCUUUCUGUUGGUCCCUUUCCUUAUCAUAUUGCCUUUAUCAUGGAUGGAAAUCGUAGAUAUGCUAAAAAACAGAAUUUUAUGGAAGGGAAUGGACAUAGUGUUGGAUUUUUGGCUCUCUUGUCCAUGCUCAAGUACUGCUAUGAGUUGGGUGUGAAAUAUGUGACAAUAUAUGCCUUCAGCAUUGAUAACUUCAAACGACAACCUGAAGAAGUUCAAUCUUUGAUGGAUUUGAUGCAGUUAAAAAUUGAAGGACUAAUCAAAGAAGAAAGCAUAGCAAAUUGCUAUGGAGUUCGAGUGCACUUUAUAGGGAACCUAAAAUUGUUGAGUGAACCUGUCAGGUUGGCAGCAGAGAGGGCUAUGCUGGCCACUGCCAAUAACUCCAAGGCAGUAUUGUCAGUAUGUGUUGCAUACACUUCCACCAAUGAGAUUGUGCGUGCUGUCCAAAAAUCAUGUGAACAAAAGUGGGAGGAGAUCAGUAUAUUGGAUGCAAGUGGAUCUGGUUAUGGCUUAACUGAAGUUGUAUUGAGUGAGAAGGAUGAAGGGGAGAACCUUAUUAAUUUAAUAGAUAUUGAAAAGCAUAUGUAUAUGGCAGUUGCACCUGAUCCUGAUAUCUUAAUCCGUACUUCUGGGGAGACCCGCUUGAGCAAUUUUCUUCUUUGGCAGACUGCAUACUGUUCCUUGUAUUCGCCUUAUGUGCUUUGGCCAGAAAUUGGAUUUCGGCAUUUCCUUUGGGCAAUCUUGAACUUCCAGCAGAAUCACUUUUAUUUGGAGAAAAGAAGGAAACAGUUGUAAAUAUUGUGGAUUCCCACAUUUUGGGACUCUAAUGUGAUUUUACUGGUGGAUCUCUUCGUGUUCCUUAACCAAACUUUGUUACAAAAUCAGAUUACAACAUUGGCUGGAACCUUUUUUACAGUGUCCGUAUUGGUCAGCUAUGGAUAUUUCGUUUUAAUGCCAUAGGAUAUGUUUUGGUCUAACAAACGUUUUGAAUGAUACAUUCAUGCGAAGAAUUACUAUUUUGGGAGCAUGAUGGUAGAUACUUAAAUGCUAACAAGGAUACCAUUGCAUUAAUAUUCUCUUUAAUCUUUUCUGCCAAAUGAUACUGACAACAUGAACUAAAGUGUGAUCAUCUCAUAAAACAGCAAAAUGGAUUGUAGGUUAGUUUUAGAUUUAAGUUCUAAUCCAAAUCAAUCCAACAUAUGGCAUUCUGUGUGCUCUUAUUUCCACGACAACCAAGAAAGUGCUAUAUUUGUAUGUUUGAUUUGGAUUUUGAUGCUAAUUCAUUUAACAGGUUUUCUGCACUUACAUUUUCAGGUAAUGAAGUCUGUAAGAGUUAUUGUCAUCAGGAACUAGUAUGCCUUCAUAUUGAAGAUUUUUAAGAACCCGUUGUGUUUGAUGGUUGACUUGUGUACAAUGUCUCAUCUAGUCAUCUGAAAGUGAAAUUGAGACUCAGAUGUAUUUGUUUACACUCCAGACAGAGAACAUGAGAUGUGCAUGGACCAGAAACCAUGGUAGCGGGAGUUGGUACUAGUUGAAAUCAGGGACUCUUUUUGGUGGUGGGUAUGGGGAGGAUAUAGUUGGGUGGUGGAUUCAAUGCAGUGUCACACAGGAAGUGUGGGUGGUAGCUGUGUUGUUGGCACAACUUCAUGUUUGGCAUCAUUGUUUAUUUUUCUUUUUCAGUAUAUAGGGUUGACUGUCAAGACUCGUCUGUAAAUAGUAUUUUACUUUUGUUUCAUAUAUUCAAUUACCAUAAUCAUAGUUCUGUCAUCAUAAGAAUGUUUAGCUGUUUCACAGGCUAUCCUAUCCACAAGUACAUGUUGUAUGUUUCUGCAUAGCAUUUGCUUGUUAGAGGAAGGUAAUCUGAAUUGAGUCUAAGAACACGCAUUUGCUCUACUGUCUUUUCGGGUCAUCACUAUUCUGCACAGUUCUAACCUGUCGCAUUGUAUCUAUGAUGUCUCGUCCCGCUAAGUUGGUUCUUACUUUUCUUCUUUGCUUGGAAGGAACAUUGACUGGCUUUCAGGCUCAUGGGUAUGCAAGCGAGUUCUUUGCAGUAGGUACAAGUAUAUCGGACAAUGUCAACUGCAUCACAUGUCAAGCCCACAAAGUGCAAAGAGAGGGGGUGGGGGGAGAGAGAGCUAGAGAAUGGAGACCAUGGGAUCAUGGAGCAGUGGUUUCAGCAGACCAAUAGCUAAUUUGUGGGUAAUAUUAAUAGUUUAGUUGCUCUACAGGUAGUAGUUUGGCUUAUUUGAAGAACAUACUAAUCGAGCUCAGACUUAUUCAUAGGACACCUUUUAUGCAGAUACUCGUCUUUUUCAACAUCAUAUUAUUCAGAGCUCUUGUUUGUGUCUUCUUUGUUAUUCAGAUAACAAAUUGCAUGUGAUUGUCGUCAUUGGAUACUGACCUAUGAUGUUUGUCUCGAUUCUUCUCUCUCUCUCUCUCUCUAGUAAACACACGUCGGUUGAUUAAUAGAUGUUAGUGCAUAAGCCAGCAAUAGAUCUGUCUUGCUUUAGGUUUGCAGUUAAUCUUUUUUUUUUUUUAGUCCUCAUGGAACUUUAAAACAUUGUCUUUUGCUCCUUGUUCUUCCAACUCUUUACAGAUAAAGAUAAAUGAUUCAAAACUGAGUUGCACAUUUAGUUAAAUAACCAUAUAUAGGUAUUAGGUAAUAUGUACAGGCAGAAAAAUAAGUGCACUUUAUUGUCUUUAUAUUGCUCAAAUUAUAGGUGGUUUUCUCGGCCAAUAGGAGCCUUUUGCGUAACUAUUUAUAGACUAAUUUAGUGAAGUGAAGGUUGCCCAAGUGACUUAGUUUGUGAAGAAAGCCAUAGAGUUUCCUCCUCUUUUUUCUCCCCCACCAUCAUUUCGACCAAUACAUGAAACAAAAGCUAUCAUGACUUUGUUUUAUAAAAGUUUCAGUCCUAUCAAAAAAAUAAAAUAAAAUAAAAUAAAAGUUUCAGUACCAUUGCAAGGCAGGACCACCAUUGUUAACCGA